AUUGAGGUGCUACACGGGUAUCAAGUUGGCACUGCACUUUCUUAAAAAUGUCUUAAAAAUGUUUCAACAAUAGGCUUUUCCAAUAGUUCUUGAGGAGUUCUAUUGUUCGCGGUCUCGUUUUAAGGGUUGCUUUAGGAACCAGCGGUGAGUAGCGGAAAAUCUCUGUCCUCUAAGCUAUACGUUCGUAUUCUCGUUUAGCUUGGCUAUGACGGGAUAUACAUUAUCCACGGAGGCAAUGAUCACAAAAUCCUACUCCUGGAAUCGCCGCUACGAUUUAGCGCUAUGUUUUUGGUAUCGCCUAAAACCGUAGCGUUGUGCAUCUCCCUACUCAUCUUUGAUGAUACUACUAUGGCACCAUAUAGGUAAAUUCUAGUGGAAUUUUUACGUUCACUUCGAUCAGCUGGCAUCAGCUGUUUGAGGAUGACAGAUGAUGACAGAUGAACUGCCGAGGGUAGGACAAUCUUGCAAUAAUAUUCAAUCCAAAAUGAGUCUAUAAUCUGAAGAUCCUACUGGAAGAGUCGAAUUGUAAAGCCGAAAAAAUGGCAACGCGAAAUCUUACAGAACCGUUCAUUCUUAUGCGAAACAAUGCUCUGCAAAGCAAACACAUCUAUGCUGAGCAGAACCUAUCUGAUAGAAUGGCCUUGGUAGGACCUGAUAGCUCUAGACCUGACAGUGUUGAGCUUAAAGGUACAAAUACAAACGAUGGAACACCUCCUGCAUGGACAGAUGCACUUGAGGAGACUCAGUAUAUUCUAAGUCGUCUACGUAUCAAAAUAGAUAAUUUGUCUGAACUGCAUGCAAAGCAGCUCACUAGACCUACACUCGAUGAUACAUCACAAGAGGAAAGACAAAUGGAACAACUUACUAGAGAAAUUGGUAGAGCAUUUUCAAGUGGAUAUCAGCAAGUACAAAUUGUUAAAGCAGCAGCAAGACAUGAAACACGGCCAGCAGAGCGUCAAUUAGCUAACAGUGCAGUUUUGGCUUUGUCUUCUGCGCUACAAGACUUGGGACUUCGUUAUCGAACCUCCCAGGCUAAUUAUUUGCAACAGAUAAAUUCUAGAGAAGAACGAAAUAGACAGUACUUUACAGAGGAUGAAACCCUGUUAAGAAAUGUUACAACAGAUUCAUGGUUGUCAGAACCAUCCUACGAAGAAAAUAGUUCAGAUUAUUGGCAACAGGGUCCACGGCAACAGGAAUCUGUGUUGUUACAAAUAGAUGAUCCUGAACAGAGGAUGCGAUUAGCCGAAGAGAGAGAAAAGGAAGUUGGACACAUAGUUCAAAGCAUAUCGGAUCUCAAUCAUAUAUUCAAGGACCUUGCAAAUAUGGUGCAAGAUCAAGGUACCAUUCUGGAUAGAAUUGACUAUAAUAUUGAGCAAACACAAGUACAGGUGUAUGAAGGUUACAAACAAUUAAAAAAGGCUGACUCCUAUCAAAAAGCUAAUCGCAAACUAUACUGUAUAAUGGUCCUCGCAGCUUCUAUUAUUCUACUAAGCUUCCUUUUUAUUUUAUUUAAAACCUAAUAGAUAGUAAUGUUAACUUAUUCAUUGUCUCUUUCAAAUCAUUCUAUACAAUGUAUAAAUACAUCAUAACGGUUACGGCAUAUUGCUUAAUGAAUCACAAAGUAAUUUUUUUUCUAUGAUUUUGAUCACUAAUCGAUAAAAUAAUGUUUGCCUCUUCUAUGUAAAUUAUAUAAGUUAAAUCAGUAAGAACCUUUAUGAUUUCGAAAAAAGCGUUCGCGAGGUUGUAAAAAUACUUUUUUUAUUUCAAUUGUUUUUUAAAUUGUCUUUGUUACCAGUAUACAGUUUUCUCAGUGAAAUGUGCUUGAUACAUGUAAUAAAACACUGUAGGGAAAAGAUGGCAAAUCCCUAAUGACACAAACUGUGUAAUUAGGCUUUCUUACAAGAAAAUACCCUAAUAAUUAUUUUUUGAAUUUGUAACUGUAAUGUAAAGAUUAAUAUCAAGAAAAGGAAUACCAAUACGUUCCAUGAUUGUGUAUAAUUAAAUGAAUAAUGUACUUUGUUGCAAGUGUAAAAUAUGUAAUGAAUGUCUGUUAUAUAUAUUUUAGUGAAUGACAUUGGACAAUUACUAUCAUGAUAACAAAAUGUGGUUAUUUAUUGUUAUAACAUACUAUUUCUGUCCCUCUUUUAUUAAGUCGCCAAACUCUACGAGACACUCCUUUAUGAAUAAAAGCCGUUAAUCAAA